CCAGCCGUCAAAAACUCAGAGGGAAUAUUCUAGAGCAAAAAACAGCAAAAUGCUCCAAUGCUAUAACAGAGGCUGUGGCCAGCUUUUCGAUGAAGCUGCCAAUAACGAUGAAUCAUGCCGGCACCAUCCAGGCGAGCCGUUCUUUCACGAUGCCUAUAAGGGCUGGUCUUGUUGCAACAAAAAGUCGGUUGACUUCACCGAGUUCCUGAACAUCAAGGGCUGCACUCUGGCCAAACAUUCGAAUGUGAAGCCCCCAGAGCCAGAAAAACCACCCAAAGACGACAACAAUGGGGACAAGGACGAGGUCAUCGAAGUGCGUGCACCUAUAAAAGAAGCUAUGGCCAGGCCACCAAUAGAAACACCAUUCACGGUCCUGCAGGCAACAGUUGCAGCUUCCCUGAAAGAGCAGAUUGAUACUUUGAAAGUCAGCAGUGCUCCGUCAGCAACAGCAACGCCAUCCGGAGCUGAAAGCGAUGCCAUCGCUGUGGGUACAAGUUGCAAAAACAAUGGAUGCUCCUAUUCAUUCACUGGCUUGGACAGCGAUGACGGCCAGUGCGCAUAUCAUCCAGGUGUACCCAUUUUCCACGAAGGCAUGAAGUUCUGGUCAUGCUGCCAAAAGCGUACUUCAGAUUUUACACAAUUCAUGGCCCAGAGGGGCUGUGUGAACGGCAAGCACAAGUGGGUCAAAGAGAACGACGACAAGAAGGUUGUGCAGUGCCGAUAUGAUUGGCAUCAAACGGCCACAAAUGUGGUGGUGGCCAUUUACGCCAAGAAGUAUCAUUAUGCCCAGAGUGUGAUAGAAAUAAAUCCUAUCCGUCUGCAUGUUAAGCUGGUUUUCCCAGAGCAGGAAAACGCUACUUUUGACAUUGAUCUGGAGCUAGGAGGUAUUGUCAAAGUGGACAAGGCAAGUGCACACAUGUACGGCACCAAAGUGGAGAUUACGUUGCCCAAGCUGGAGCCCGGCUCUUGGUCCAAAUUGAAUUUCAAACGCGCCGUAAUGCCGGCGGCCAAGAAAACCAAUGCCGCGCAGGUCCCAAAGAUCGAUGAUAGCGAUGACGAGUUCUUUGAUCUGGACGACAUCGAACCUGUAUACACUCAUGGCCUCAAAUUGUCCGACAUGAGUUUGCAAAAUCCAAAUAACUUAGAUUAACCAAAAAAGUUAGCAUUUAAUGUUACACAGUGUACACGAAUAUGCCUUCAAGAAAUAUUUGUUUUAAUAUCGCAGCAA